AUGGGUUCCAAAGGAGACAAAUACUCCGUCAUUCUGCCAACUUACAAUGAGCGCCAGAACCUGCCCGUCCUGGUGCAGAUGCUCUCCGAUGUCUUCACAAAGGAGAAACUAAACUGGGAGAUCAUCAUCGUCGACGACGCCUCUCCGGACGGUACGCUCGAGCGAGCAAAACAGGUCCAAAAGUCCUUCGGCGCCGACCACAUCAUCCUGAAGCCCCGGGCAGGCAAACUGGGCCUGGGCACCGCAUACGUGCACGGAUUACAGUUUGUGUCGGGCAACUACGUGAUCAUCAUGGACGCCGACUUCUCGCACCACCCGAAAUUCAUCCCGGAGUUUGUCAAGAUCCAAAAGGCCACAAACGCAGACAUUGUCACGGGCACACGGUACCGGUCCAAGAAUGGAUUGAUCGGGGGUGUGUACGGAUGGGACGCCAAGAGGAAACUCACAAGUCAGGGCGCAAAUAUCCUCGCGGAUUUUCUGUUGAACCCUGGUGUCAGCGAUUUGACGGGUUCGUUCAGGCUGUACAAGAAGGAGGCACUUGUGAGAGUGAUUGAGAAGACGCAGUCAAAGGGGUACACGUUCCAGAUGGAGAUGAUGGUGCGGGCCAAAGCCAUGGGCCUCAAGGUCGAAGAGUGUCCCAUCACCUUUGUCGAUCGGUUAUACGGCGAGAGUAAACUGGGCGGAGAGGAGAUUGUCGAGUAUCUCAAGGGCCUGCUGUGGUUGUGGUGGUCGGUCUAA